AAGAAGUUUGUUGUUUGUAUUAUUUUCGUAGUUGGGUCGUUGUGCGCCGGCCGCCGCCCGCGGACGAGAUUAUUAUCGUCGAAAGCAACCUCGCCUUCGCCCGAACGUGAUUCCAUUUGCGAGGAGAAAUAUGCCUUUUAUCCUAUGGUCGGGCAAUGCGACGCGUAUUUCGAGUGUAUAAAUUGGAAGGCGGAGGUGAAGUUUUGUCCGGACGGGCUGGUGUUCCUGCCGGGCACGGCGUAUGCGGAGUACCCGUGUCGGUACCCGGCGGACGUGUCGUGCGAGGGGCGGCCGCAGCUGCAGGCCCCGCGGCCCACGCGCGAGUGUCCGCGGCAGUACGGGUUCUUCAGCAGCGGGGACCCCGCCAGCUGUGCGGAGUACAGGAACUGCGUGGACGGCGUCGCCUACCACCUGCGCUGCCCAGAGCCGCUCGCCUACAACCCCGCCUCCUACCAGUGCGACUGGCCAGACCUCGUCAAGGAGUGCGACGCGGAAGCUUACCUCGGGGUCACUUGUCCUCGACUAGAGACUGAUGCUCCUGUCAGCUACGCACACCCAAAAGACUGCCGCAAGUACUACACGUGUGUCAGAGGAAGGCCACGGCUGCAGCAGUGCGACCUCGACCAAGCCUUCGACGACAACACAAGCCGAUGUGUGAACAAAGAAGAUACGGUUUGCGUUCUUGUGUAAAUGUGUGGACGGUAUUUAGCUGUAAUUGGGUAAUUAGCGAGUUUGCCUUG